AUGACCAACAAGUUCCUGAACCAUCGGAUGGUGGACGUUGACUGUCGAGGGUAUACUUCUAAAUUUUUCGAGUAUGCUAGAAUAAUACCAACUCUGGCCUCACCAGAACCGGUGCUUAUUUCUCGCUACAUUUGGGGACUAAUUAGCGAGAUUCGCGACAUAGUCAAAGCUGCGAGACCUCGAACGAUAGAUGAUGCGGUCGAAUUCGCCAACACCCUGACUGACGGACUGGUGCGCACAAGAGAAGAAAACUGGAAAAAGAAAUUGGCCCAAAAGACUACCCAAGAUUUCCGUGGGGGUAAUAAUAGUAGUAACUUCAAGAAAAAGGGAACCGGGCAAUCCUCCACCGCUCCGUUUUGCAGUAAUUGUAAGAAGAAGCAUUUUGGGAAGUGCAUGGAAAAUUGCAAUUUCUGCAAUAGAUCGGGACACCGAGAGGAGGAAUGCAGAAAGAAAUAUAUGGUCUGCUACAACUGCGGAGAAGCUGGGCAUUUUAAGCCAGAGUGUCCUAAACUGGUCAAGCCAGCUGAUAACAAGGCAAAAGCAACUGAAGGAACUAAUUAA